AUAUUUCUAUUCGCAGUACCUGCACGAUAACUACACUUAUAACGCACGGAACCGCGAACCCGAUGACCGCCGCCAGCAGUUGUAUAGCCGUUCCGAAUCACCACGCGCAUCACAAUAUAUUCGCAAUCGGAACUAUGACAGAACUGACCACGAGGUCCAUUGUCUCGAUCUCUUCAAACGUAUCGAUUGUCCGAGACGUCUGCCGGAAACCACCCUCACACGUGACGAUAUCGUCUUAAACGAGGAGCAUAAAUACUCGCGCGUAAUCAUUUAAUUGCCCAUUCGUCUUAAAUCGUUUUAAUCGUUGUCGUCGUCGUCGUCGUCAUCGUUCACAUUUACUCGCAUCCACGAUGUCGCCUCGUCUCUCCAUCGACAGAUCUCUGGUCGCGUUCGGUUCUUCGUCGUCAUCGUUAUUGUUGUUGUUGCUCCAUCUACAGCUUCUUUCUGCCACGGUGGGGACACGCUACGACGUCGGUGGGCUAGCGGCCUCGCUGCACGACGAGGGUGAGAAGUGUGCUCAGUCCACCGAACUGUGGCCGUGCCUGACCAGGACCGGUGCGAAAAUCGUAGCCGCGGUGGCCACGUAUCCGGGAGAGAUACCGCUGAUGGGCCAGUACUUGGCCGUGGUGCCGGACGACCGGGCGCGAACAGCCGGCGAAGGACGAAUGGCAAUGUACAAAAACGGCUCUUCGUCGACGUGGCCGCCGUCCACGUCGGUGUACUCUAAAAUCGCGGAAUUCGCAUCGAAAAGAUCGCUGAGGGUGUCUGUGCCCAUGGACGCGGUCGCGUGGCUGAUCGGAGUUACGACAUCCACGCCCGUUACCGGUGUCGAAGGCCGGGGCAAGAAGGACAAGGGCGCCGGAGUGCUGAUGCUCGGAGGAAUGAUGAUGAUGACCACGCUCAUGUCCACCGCGUUCGGGGCGCUGGCGCUGAUGGCUGCCAAGGGACUGUUGACCAGUAUACUCGCUCUGAUGCUUUCGGCGAUGGCGGUAUCGAAAAAGUCGGGCGGCCACGGCCACGCCAGGACUACGUACGAAGUCAUCAACAACCCGGGACCUCACCAAGCGUACCAACAGGCAACCGAUUACAAGUUGGAAACCGGUGGGGCUAUCAUAUCAGACAUCAAUGCAGCUCAAUACAAUGCGGCUCAAACCGAACCUAUUCAAUAUGGUAACCAGCAAUAUGAUUAAAAUUGAAAAUAAAUGAAUUGUUCUUAGUUUCUAGUACUAUAAUGUUAAUCGAUGAGUUAAAAACAAAACUCAUUAUGCAUUUAAAAUGUUUUAAUAUUAAUUUAUUUUCGUGUA